AUGGGGUUUCUCUCUGGCCUUACCAUAAAUAAUGUUCUCACGGCAUGGCGUCUUUAUUUCACGGCGCCAAAGAUUCCCACAAAGCUAGAGACGACCUUCAAUUUCUUGGAGAUCAGGGCUUUGAAUUCCCAUCCGGACCAUCAGGUUGUCAUUGACACAGACAAAUCCAGCUUCUCCCUGAAGUUCGAGAGCAGAGAGCAUCUCAACCAUGUGGUCAGUCACAUCAACUACGCCCUGUCGCGGAUAUUCAACAAUUCCAUCUUUGCGCCCUCAAUCUGCCACUCCGACAGUGACCUUUCAGAGGGCUCCAGAAAGUACUCUCCUAGCUCCGAGACCUCGGUGGAGACCCAGAGGGCAUGCGGAGGCUUCUCCGAGACCUACGCCGCUCUGUGUGACUAUAAUGGCAUCAGCUGCAAGGAGGAAGUGCAGUGGGAUGUGGACACCAUCUAUCACUCUCAGGACAACCGCGAGUUUAACCUGCAGGACUUCAGCCACCUGGAGAGCAGGGAUUUGGCGGUGAUAGUAGCAUCAAUGGCCUACAACACAUGGUUCACCAAGUUGCACUGCAAAGACCUGCGCAUUGGCUCAGAGGUGGCAGAGCAGGUUCUCCACACUAUAAGCAAAUCAUCCAGUUUAGAGGAGUUAACUCUGGAGAAUGCAGGACUCAAAUCAGAUUUCCCACAAAAGAUGUCCACAGCUCUAUCUGAAAACCCCGGUUCAGUCAUUCACUCUCUCAACCUGGCACACAACUCUCUGGACAACCAAGGUGUGUCCAGCCUGAUUCAGCAGGUCUGCCGGCUCAGCAAAGGACUGCGGCUUCUCAACCUCUCCAAGACCUCGCUCACGUCUAAAGGAAUGGCCUGUCUGUCCCAGGCCCUGAGCUCCACAGAGGAGUAUUCAAACUCACUCCUGCACCUGGACCUCAGCAAAAACCCCGGAGUGCUGUCAGGGGAGGACUGCUCGAGCCUGUAUUUGUUUCUGUCUCAGCCCAACUGCCUGGUCCACUUAGAUCUGUCAGGAACAGACUGCUGUGUGGACUCACUCUUUGGGGCUCUGCUGAGGGGCUGCUGCGCUGAUCUUUCCUUUCUCAAUCUUUCCAAAAACUCCUUCUCCCACAGGAGAGUGAAAGACACGUUGCCGCUUUUCCGUCAGUUCUUCAGCUCAGCCUUUAGUUUAACUCACGUCAGCCUGUCGUCCAUGAAGCUGCCUCUUGACGUACUCAGGGCUUUACUAACUGGGUUAACCUCCAAUCCUCAUAUCAAUGACCUUCAUCUGGACAUCAGCAGCUGUGAGCUCAGGUCUGCAGGCACCACUGUGAUCCAGGAGCUGUUCCCCCGGGUUUCCUCCGUCGCUACUCUUGAUAUCUCAGACAACAGUCUGGAUGCAGACUUGCUCACGCUGCUUCCUGCUCUCUCCAGACACCCCUCACUCAAACACCUCCAUCUGGGCAAAAACUUCAACAUCAAAAACAGGCUGCUGGAUGAAGUGCUUCAGAAGUUAGUGCAGCUCAUACAAGAAGAGGACUGUGCCCUGCAGACUCUGUCCCUCACGGACUCCAGGCUUCGAUCUCGCGGCACGGUUCUGGUUAACGCUCUCGGCAGCAACACGUGUCUGAGGAAAGUGGACCUCAGUGGGAACAACAUGGAUGACAUCGGAGCCAAGAUGUUGAGCAAAGCCUUACAAAUCAACACCACUCUGAGGAGUGUGACAUGGGAUCGCAACAACACCUCCGCAACCGGCUUUCUCGACGUGGCCAGAGCGCUCGAACAUAAUUUCACGCUGCAGUACAUGCCUCUUCCUCUAAGUGACAUCAGCCAGGCUUAUCGCAGCGCCCCCGAGAGGACAGAGCAGGCUCUAACCAAGAUCCAGCGCGCUUUAGUGAGGAACAACCAAACCCAGCGCUUUUCCCAGAGACAGGCUCUGCGGCUGCACCAGGGCCUGGUCACGAGCACCGCUGAACAGGUGAUGGAGCGGUUGUGCGUGCGCGUGCAGCAGCAGGUGUGUGUGCUGCGUGGCGUUGGCGAGAUGGAGGAGCUUCACGCUGCUAAACAAGUGUUGAAAGAGGCCAGAAACUCCCGCGCGUUGUACCCAUCACUGUGCGAGUUGGCGCAUGUGCUGUCUGUUGAUGGGCCGGUCCGGCAAAGGCUGGAUUCUUUAGCAGGAGAACUGGCCAAAGCUGCAGACAAGGAGCUGCAGGUGAUCGUGGACUCUAUGGUGUCUCUGUGCCACGAGCUGUGUCCUGCAUCGUCCACGGCGGCGGAGCGGUUGAGCCCCUCGCUGUCGUCCGUCUCUGAGCGCGUGUCCAUCCCCCGCUCCUCCAUCCGCUCUGCCCUGAUGGAGAGAGCGGCCCAGGAUGUGCACAGGGCCCUGGAGGAAGUGAAGCUCUCUGUGGUCUCGUAUCUUACCAACACCAUUGUGGACCAAAUUCUGCAGGAGCUCUAUACCACACACAAAACACUGAGUCGACAGGUGUCCCAUCUGAAGAACUGGGAGGGGGUGGGAGAGGAGGGGACAAGCUGGAGGUACAACAGACACAGAGACUCUCUGGACAUCACAGACGAGGAGCUCGGCACCAGCAUCGACACAAUAGCCAUUAAGAAGCACAGCUCACGAACAAGACGGAUACGUCCUGUCUCCACGAGACUGAGUCUGUGCGAUGACUCCAGCUCCUCUCCGCCCCCCUCUAUUCCGUCCUACUCUUCUCUGUCCCGCUCGGCCUCAUGGGAGGGUCUGUCAGAGUUACCUACACAGGGCCUGCCGCUGCAUCAUGUGACCAGAGUUCGCCCCAGGCCCCCACGAAAGCAUAAAGGAGCGCACAUGCCAUCUGAGAUUCUCUGCAGUGAAAAUGGAGGAAUAAGCCCUCUGGAUGAUGGGAUCCCAGACUUCUACACUAAAAGAAUUCUCCCAGACAGUCAGCUCUCCUCACUGCACAAAGCCCACUCACUCAGGAGAAAGAAGAGGAGAAAUAUGUUGGCCAUCUUCAACUUCAGGAAAAACCGCAGCCAAACUCAGCCGAGCCACGGUCCGGACGCAGAGGCAGAGUUUUAUGGCGACGCGUGUCACACUGUUGCCAUGGGGCCCACGGGGACAGCCACAGAGAAUGUAUACACACUCCUUCAGCCUCCCCGGUUGGGAGAGCGGGUAGGGUCUCCAGGGGAAGGGCCUGACGUUCAGAAAAAGAGCCCGACUGUUCUAAGUCCACCCCCAAUUCCUGGCUUUCCCCAUCCAGCAGGGGGCAGUAAACACCCCUUCUACUCAUCCAGAGAGCUUCAGAAAUCUGAGUCUGAUUCGGUUUUUGAACCUUUGGACGAUAUGGAUAAGUACUGGGCUAAUGACAAGCAGAGAACCUCAGAUGUGGUGCUACAGUCUGACAAAACCCACGACAGACAAUGGUACGAAGACCGGACCCAGGAGGAUUCUGGAGACGGCAAAACUGUGGACCGACUCUGGACUGAAAGGCACCUGGACCGAGCCAUUGAGCGACAGUGGACCGUGGACCGGCACACGCAACGCCAGAUUGACCGCAAGUUGGAGAGGCAGUUUGGAGCGAGCGGCCGGCCCAUAGACAGGUCCUGGUCCGAGCACAGAACAGAGCGACCGGUGCAAACGCUCAACUUGGCUCAGAGACCACUGCCCCCGUACCCCUCUGACCGCACGCCUUCCCCCAAGGACGCAGAGCAGAUAUCGCCAGACUGUUUCCACGGGCCCCAGGACAGAGUGGUGUGUCCCGGCGGAGGAGGGGGGCAGGUGGAGGUGUGGAGGAGCAGCACCGGAGGAGGAGCAGGCCCUAAGGUCCCCAAACCGGAACCACCACCACAGAGCAGCAAACCAAACCUGGCCAAGCUGAGACAGAGGUCGCGCCUGGAGAGUGCAGACGCCAUGCCAGAGGAAGAGGUUGAGAAUCAGAGAGACCCGGCCAGGACAGAAAAGAGGGAAAGAGAUAAGAGAAAAGAUUCAGAGAGUCACCCUCCACCGAUUCCUGAAAAGCCAAAGACGUCAGCAUAUGCGAGUUUUUCUAAAGACUCAGCCUUUGACAGGAGCUUACCCCCGCCUCCUGCGCCUCCCCCUGGCCACAAACCCACACAUGGAUUACCAGACAGAGCAGCCAGCCAGGGAGAUGAAGGACUCAGACCUCAGGCACCAGUCAAACCACAAAGAAGCAGGAAGGCCAUGUCCUGUGACACAGGCCCUGACAGGGAAAGCCCCAAUAGCAAUGAGAAGCCCCCAAAUCGCAAACCCCCAGUGAAAAAACCUAGACUUCCCCAAAACAGAAAUAAGUCCCUGGAACUGUCUGACAGUUUCAACUCGCCGCCCGGCCCCGGUGAGCUGUUGUGA